GUGGGGUAGCGCUACUGCCUUUUCCACGAUAACCUCACCUACCAUUGUCCUAACAUUCGUCAGUUGGGUAUAAAGUCUGAAUUCGUUGGUGUAAGUGCGAGUUGUGGAGUUAGUGUCCAGGUUCCAGGAAUGGAAAGAUAUCACGUAGCAUUGCCGUGCAGGUUUAGCCAAUUGUCGCUGCUGACUUGGUAGUAGGAGUUCAAUUUUUAGAGCAGUGUACUACUAACAUAGGCUACUGGGUGUGAUCUUCAAUUGUUGUCAUUCUGAUACUGUGACUGUUUCCUCGUAACUUGCCCAUAAGAAAAAGCUACGGUGAAAUUAUUGUUUGGCUAAAUAAGUGUGAUUCCGUUGUAUUUGGCAAGUUCUACCAGCUAUCCACUCUGGAGAAUUCUUAUCUCCAAAUCGAUAUGCAGGCAUUCGAUUCAAGCCGUGUACCGUUCAGAUUGAUAAUACCAGCGGAGCUGAUCGAUGCUGACGUUUUAAAGGGGAUUGAGGCAGACUUGGAACUUUUUGAAAAAAUCUCAUGUCUAUUCUUUUUGAUUGACGACUAUCGUCUUGGGUAUAGUUUGCUGAAAGAAGUGGAAAUAUAUGCUGAGACGGCUGAAAAACAGUUUUUAACAAAGUUUGUUAGUGUUCCCAAUUGGCAGGAUAAAUUAUUAGAAGCUGUGUGCCUUCUAAGAAAUGAAGAAAUUCUUAUUAAGCUUGGGGUUGAUCCUCAACAGGCACGAACAAUGUUUUUAACCAAAGUGCCAGAAUUAAAAUACAAAGUUAAUAAGUAUGCAAAAGCAUUUUACCACCUGUUUGAAAACUUAUCAAAAGAUAAACAGGAAAAGAUUUUGACAAGGGUAUAUCGUGAGAUACCUAAGCCCAAUUGGAAGAUAUCAGUCUGGGACAAUUUCUUAGAGCUUCACCUGUUAUGGUGGAUCGAGAAUAAAUUCAUCCAGAUCUCCCCAGAUCAACAAACUUGGGAAUACAAAAAGCUAUUGAAUAUUCUGAAGGCAAUGAAACUUUCGAACAUGACAGCGUAUGAAACCCUUGAAGAUUUGCAAAAUAUUAAUAAUGGCCCAUGUCAUUACGAUGAUAAUUCAAAUUACUGUGAUAUGCUCACUAAUCAUACAGUGGAGCCUACUGGUAAUGCAGAGAAGGUUGCACCCGCUGAACGUUAUGAAAUCACCAAUGGCUUGGUUAUUAUAUUUAAUCAAAUGAAAUUCAUCGGCCCUAUCGAGUAUGAUUACAGGGAUGGAUCACAAGUAGAUUGCGAUCGCAUAGUCAGUACUUUCAAAAAUAAUUUCGGUUUUGAUACAAUAGUGCACACUGACUUGAAACAAGCUGGGAUAUAUCAUACGCUUGACCAUCUUCCUGAUUCUGCUCAGCAAUAUGACUGUAUCGCCGUAUUCAUUCUCUCACAUGGGACAUUAGGUAAUGUGAUCGCAGCAGACUGCAAGGAAUGUCCGAUAGCAACCAUACGGAAAAAAAUCUGCUGUAAGGCUUUCCGAGGUAAACCCAAACUGCUUGUUAUUCAAGCAUGCCAAGGAGAAGAAGAUAAAGGUACUCGUCUGACAACUGACGGACCAGGAUUAACGCAUAAUGGUGCAGAUGAAUUCAGAGACUUCAUGAUGUUUAACUCUACGAUACCAGGCGAUCUCUCGGUUCGAGACGCGAUAUUAGGGACAUGGUUUAUACAAAUUCUAUGCGAAGUAUUGGAACAGCUGGGAGCGAAGGAUGGGUCUGUUGAAGAUUGCAUACGAGAGGUGAUCAACCGAUUUUCCAAAAAACGGGACGUUAUUGGUGGAAAAUCGGUCGGGCAGAUCCCGGAAAUCCGACAUACGAUGGGAAAGAAAUUAUUCUUACCCCGGAAACAAAAAGCAAUCAAUGGAAAAAUCUGAUCUGUCAAAUCUUCAUGAAGAUUUGCUUUUCCGUUCUAUAACAUACCUAUAUAUAUAUAUAUAUAUAUUUUCUAUAUGUUCUCAUGUUCGUAAUAAUAUUUAUCAUAAAAAGUUAA